UGAUUCACAAUUGUUUGCAUCGCGUUAUAGGAUGUAGCAGAGGUAACGUUACUGGACCAGGCCACGAAAAGCUCAGGCUCCGAUGGGCUAGUUUUGUUCAUUUUGUAAGCGACCCAAGAGAGGCCUAUACCGCCAAUGGCGUAUAUCGCAGGAUAUUUAGUUUCGUCAAAGCGUUCUUCAACGUGGGCGACCAGUUCUUUCUUGAUAGUCUCUCUUCCACUCUCCGUGUCCUCAGCUGGUCUCUUCAGCUUGAGCACCAGCACAAUAUCUUCCUCCUCACGCGCUACCUUCACCUCGAAAAACUCUAGUUUGCUACCCGCGCUAGAGAUAGAUGCCUGCAGUGCUACCCCGUAUUGCAGUUCAAUGGGAAAGUGAUGAUUGAGAAUACCGUUCCACAGCAUGUUGAACUUGCUCUUGUGAAGGUCGGGGUUGGAUGCCGUCAGCGCGAUCAAGUUUUGUGCCAUGAUGGCGACUGCACGAGGGUAGGGCAUGGUCGAAGGUUCAGGUUCA